GAUAUUUCCCAUAAUUCCAUGUCGUGUUGACGCUCACGAGCGAAGCCACGCAUCCCGGAAGUGAAACGCAGAAAGCAGCAGAAGUUUUGGUGCACGCGCAUCUUCCUCUGUGGCUCCGUUUUAUUGUUUUUGUUCCUUCUGGAAAAAUUAUACCAGGUAUUUUUCCUAGAUCUUCACUAUGAGUCUUCAGUGGACGGCAGUGGCGUCUUUCCUGUACGCCGAGGUGUUUUUAGUUCUGCUUCUCUGUGUGCCCUUCAUCUCUCCCAAACGUUGGCACAAAAUAUUCAAAUCUCGCCUGGUGGAUGCCAUCACGACAUACGGGAACACGGCCUUCAUUGUGAUCAUCUGCAUCCUCGUAUUCCUUCUGGUUGAUGCGUUCAGAGAAGUACGGAAAUACAGCGUGACCGACAAUGUGGAUCUCUCAAACAACCCUGUGGCCAUUGAGCACAUUCACAUGAAGCUGUUCAGAGCGCAGAGGAAUGAGUACAUUGCUGGCUUCGCCCUGCUGCUCUGCCUGUUGCUGCGACGUCUAGCCAGCCUACUUUCCCAGCAAGCCACACUCAUGGCCUCCAAUACGGCCUUCCAGAAACAAGCAGAGGGUGCGAGCGACGCUGCCAGGAAAUACAUGGAGGAGAACGAGAAGCUUCAGGAGAAACUGAAGGAUGCAGGAAUGGAGAUCCCAGAGGCGGGAGGCAAGGCUAAGAGCAGUGCAGAGGAAGAGACCAAGGCCCUGAAAGAGGAGGUCAGGAGGCUAAAGGAUGAGAUGGAAGCCAGCAAGCAAGCUUUACAGAAGUCGGACGGUGAUGUGAAGGCGAUGAAAAAGCAGUCGGAGAACCUGACCGUGGAGUACGAUCGCCUGCUGGAGGAGCAUUCGAAAUUACAGGCACUGUUUGACUCUCAGCGUGAUAAGAAGUCGGACUGAUGGAGUUUACCCCACGUACCUGUCUGCCUCUCCUCUUCCUCCCUGAAGCCUGCUUCACGCAUCACUUCCUGUUGCUGGAUCGUACCCAACAGGAUGUAGGAGAGAUCCUGUCCUGUAUGCUUUACAUCUAAUAAGGCUGCGUUCCCUGUGUCACGUAUCCCGUCGUCUUUUUCUUUCUUUCUUUGUUCUCCUAAUUUUUUUUUAUUUUGCAUGUAAAACAGUUACAGAUGAUCUUCUCUCCUGAAUGUGAACAGUUAUUUUCUUUCUUUUUUUUUUUCCUUUCUCCCAUCUUUCAGUCUUCAUAUUUUUGAGUGUUUGUGUGUGUGUGUGUGUGUGUGUGGAGGGGAUUUUGGGGAAGUUGAACUGUUUUUCAUAAUGUUUAAUAUUUUACUAGAUGGAAUAAGAAAUUCUUGUGGAUUAUUAUCUGGAUAAUCCUGUUUAGAUGGUAAAAAUUUCUAUAAUUCUUUGUUUGUUUGGCGAGAACUAUUUUCCAGUUAUGUGAAAUUGGUUUAAGGUUUUCUCUCCUAGUUAUUUUUUUGCCUUAAAAGGAGAAAGUUGAACGAGUCCCUGUGUUGUAACCAAACGGCGGUGAUUAUGCGGCGUUCGGUGUUUGGUUCAGGCGGCGUUUACACUAUAAGCUUUCACUAAGCCACUAAAGACUUUCACUCAGUUUACUUUCACUUAUUCCACCGUCGUGUUCUUUUCGCUGCUCUCUCGUUUCUCUUUCACUCUCCUCACGCCUUCACCGAAUAGAUAGAAGCACACAGUGGACUAGUUUAUUCCGGUCCAUGCCGGUUUCAGUUGCUGCUGUCUGUGAUGCUCUCAGAGCAGCGAUCCGACGACCGAGGCGACUCAGAUCGCAUUUCCAAACAUCGCUGUGUCUGUCAAGGUUUUUCAAACAGCGUUAAUUGCUAGUGGUUUGUGAUGUAGGAGAUACAGAACGUUUUGCGUCAUCCUCUUAUAGCCUCCCGGUUUCACUUCAUUAGCCGUUGUCUGGCUGGGCGACUCUAAGGUACGGCGAAGGCAUUGCUUAUAUAAAUAAAAAAUAAAAAAAUAAAUCUCAGCAUGCCAGUGCAUCGCCGCAGCUUUCAGUAGCAGUGUGUGGUCGAGGCUUAGCAAUGGAAGACUUUUUUCUAACCCAAAAUACACAUCUACUGGGAAAAGAAUCCUUUCUAUUAGCUCCUUUACUCUCCCAAAAUCACAGCAAGUCAUGACACUACUCUCGAAGGUAGAUCUGACAGGAUCACAAAGGAUUAUGGGAUAUGUAUCUGUAAAGGAUAAAUAUUUUACAGCUCCGUUCUCAUGAACUCCAUAAAGCAUACACAGAAUUGAAUCUGCCCCAUGACCAUCAGAUCACAGUUCACUUUCUUCUCAGAACAGCUGUGGCUGAAACAUUAACCUCACUAUGCCAGGCACUCCAUGUUCAAGUAUGUUUAUAGACUCCUUGCUACAUUUGAGGCUGGUUAUUGUCAGCUCGUCACUCUCGGGCUCCUUGGUUUCUAUGGUGACAUUUUGAAUUUUAAUUGUCCGUUCAUCUGACGAACGUCUUCACGCUGUCGUCUGUGAACUAGCUAAAGAAUAAAUGGUUAUCCAAACCAGUUUAAUACCAGUGCUUUGUUUUGUCUUCUGUUUUUGUUUCCGCAUUUCCAUUUAAACGUAGCGCUAGGACGUUUUAUUUUUGCGUGUGAAGUCGUACAAAAUACUGGCUGACUUAUCAGUACAUGGUUAGAUUGUGAUUUCCCAGCAUGCCACGUUUUGUCUGUAUCGCCAAUUCACAUUUGGCACAAUGCUUCCACCACAGUUGAUAAAAUGCAUCUAAUAAAGUCUUCAUCAAGAA